AAGGAUAUCACCCUCCCUAACAGGCCCCUUACAUUCCUCAUGAUAAAGCCUGUUCUGGUCUUCCAUAAACUCGAUUCUAACUUGAGUCACCUGCCCCCUUGACCUUGUUCGUCCCAUUAUCUUCACCACGAUGGCAAAGUUUCACAUGAGAAUUCAUCCUGAGCUGAGAUCGGAAAGCGCGAGUGAGAGAAGAAAGAAGACGUUGAGGCCGCUUGCUCGCAAGUCGCAACUCGCACUUCGUGUCAGGGGGGAGCUUUUGCCACUGAAACUUGAUCGUGAGGGAGAAAUAAAGAAAGGUUAAGGCAACGUAUAAAAAUGGAAAGAGGGUUAAAAUUAUCCAAAUAAUUAUCACAAGGGCAGUAUGGAGAUUAAAGUUUGUUGCAACGACAGAAUUAUAAUCUUUUUGGACGAUUAACGGAAGGGGGUCUAUCUCACGGUGAAAGUAUAACAGGUAUUUGUCACUCACAGACCCCAUAAUACAGGGGAGUCUUUGUAAUUUACCCAAAAAACAAAUGAAACCGAAGGCCUUAGUUUGGCAGUUGGACACAAUGCACUGUCAACGCGCGCGUCACUAAUGGUAAGAAGAAAGUCUUCCCCCGCACAAGGCACACUGAUUAACAGCUUCCGUUUUCGAGCCAAUGCCUUGGUCUUGGUCCCUUCUAACAGGAACACCAGGAGGGAAGGGGUGGAGGGGAGCUUCGAAAGACAAAAAGAAAGGAAAGGUCAAUUCAACUUUUAUAUGUGACUUAUAUUGUCGACGCUUGGCUCCUUCGAUUGAAUCUUGCUCUUUUUACUCUCAACAGGGAUCUCUUGAGAGUGCAGAUUCAUACGUCCCAUCUAUAUUCUUUUGUUCUGAGUUGGUUUGGUCAAGGCCCAUUUGUUCUUGUACUGGAAGUUGAUCUGGGAGGUGAAAUUUCAAAUCUUUCAGUGUUCUUCAUCGAUGUCUGUAGCUGUACUCGGACAAUUUUGAGCUGGGUUUCAAUCAAGACCUGUUCUUUUUUCCUGGUUGCGUCGUUGGAUUUAGGAUUUUAUUUGUUCAUUGACAUUUGACAAUCGCAUCGAACACCUCACUUUCCUUCAAGCUCAAAGAUCUCAUCUGUAUCCGCUUAUCUGAAUUGGGUUUGUCUCCCUUGAAGUGUUUUUAGCUUCCUUCAAAAAUUGGGUUGCAGUUCAAGAUUCUAGAGCGUUACAUUGAUUUAUUGGGAUAAAUCUGAACAUCAAUGGCUACUCCACCACCACCUCCUCCUGGUUACACUGUUACCGUUUCUCCCCCACACCCAAACAUGCCAACACCUCGCCCCGAGAAAAGAUUGACACCCCCUCCCUUCUCCUCUCCUGUUGUAUCCAGGAUUUCACCGCAAUUGUCACAACAAGAUCAACUCCCUUCUUCAUCAAGCUAUACCCCUAGUAUACCAACUCCAGCCAAUGGAAUUAAAGCUGCAAGUCCUGUUCCUCAGUUUAGCACUCCUCCUGGCCCCCCUUUGUUCUCAUCACUACCCCAGCCUGUAUCUGUGCCUUUCUGGACCUCUUCCUCAUCACCUCAGCUGGUCCCAUUUUCUUCAGGUUCAUCCUUGCCCACAUCUUCUCCUUCCCAUUAUUCAAAUGGGUCAGUUGAAUUGCAGCCAGAAGUUUCUGAUGGCACGAAGCUUUCCAUGCUAGCUGGGGAAUCACCAUAUGUUCUAUUCUCUGCUCACAAGGUUUUGAAACAUAAAAAACAGGCGAAUGUCCCAAGCUUGGGAUUUGGGGUGUUAGUUUCUUCUGGGAGAGAGAUCUCACCGGGCCCACAAAUAAUACAACGGGAUCCUCAUCGCUGCCAAAAUUGUGGAGCUUAUGCAAAUCUUUAUUGCAAUAUUUUACUAGGCUUGGGGCAGUGGCAGUGUAUAAUUUGUAGGAAACUUAAUGGAAGCGAAGGGCAAUAUGUGGCUCCAAGCAGGGAAGACCUUUGUAAUUGGCCAGAACUCUCAUCUCCAUUGGUUGAUUAUGUUCAAACUGGGAGUAAAAGACCUGGGUUUAUUCCUGUAUCUGACUCCAGGAUGUCAGCACCAUUUUUUCUUGUCAUAGAUGAGUGUUUAGAUGAAGCACACCUUCAGCAUUUACAGAGCUCUUUACAUGCUUUUGUGGAUUCCCUUCCACCAACCACAAGAAUUGGAAUCAUAUCUUAUGGUCGGACAGUGUCAGUAUAUGACUUCUCAGAGGGAUCAACAGCGUCAGCUGAUGUUCUUCCUGGUGACAAAUCGCCGAGUCAGGAGUCAUUGAAAGCAUUGAUUUAUGGAACUGGUGUAUACUUGACACCUAUUCAUGCUUCAUUGCCCGUUGCACACACCAUCUUCUCAUCUCUGAGACCAUACAAACUGAAUUUGCCUGAAACAUUGAGAGACAGGUGUCUGGGUACAGCGGUUGAGAUAGCUCUAGCAAUAAUUCAAGGGCCAUCAGCUGAUAUAUCUCGAGGAGUGGUGAAAAGGCCUGGAGGUAAUUCCAGAAUCAUUGUAUGUGCUGGUGGACCUAAUACUUAUGGCCCUGGGUCAGUACCACAUUCAUUCAAUCAUCCAAACUAUCCUUAUAUGGAGAAAACAGCAUUGAAGUGGAUGGAGAAUCUAGGUCGUGAGGCUCAUCGACAUGAUACAGUGGUUGACAUCCUGUGUGCAGGAACAUGUCCAAUACGAGUUCCUGUUUUACAACCUCUUGCUAAAACAUCUGGUGGUGUUCUAGUUCUUCAUGAUGAUUUUGGGGAGGCCUUUGGUGUAAACUUGCAAAGAACAUCUACCAGGGCAGGAGGUUGCCAUGGUUUGUUGGAGAUACGCUGUUCUGAUGAUAUUCUUAUUACUCAAGUCAUAGGGCCUGGUGAAGAGGCAUUUUCAGACUCUCAUGAAACUUUCAAGAAUGAUACUUCUUUCUCUAUCCAAAUGUUAAGUGUUGAAGAAACACAGAGCUUUUCACUCUCCAUGGAAACAAAAGCAGACAUCAAAAGUGAUUAUGUUUUCUUCCAGUUUGUGUUUCGAUAUUCAAACAUUUAUCAAGCUGAUAUUUCUAGAGUGAUUACUGUCAGAUUGUCAACUGUGGAUAGUGUUUCAGCUUAUCUGGAGAGUGUUCAAGAUCAAGUAGCAGCAGUUAUUGUUGCAAAGAGGACAUUAUUGCAAGCCAAAACAUCUUCUGAUGCAAUUGAUAUGAGAAUGGUGAUAGAUGAAAGAGUUAAAGACAUUGCCUUGAAAUUUGGAUCCCAAUUACCAAAGUCAAAACUUUAUCAGUUCCCCAAGGAACUUUCCUCAUUGCCAGAGAAUUUAUUCCAUCUUAGGAGGGGGCCACUUUUAGGAUGUAUUGUUGGUCAUGAGGAUGAGAGGUCUGUUUUGAGGAAUUUGUUUCUAAAUGCAUCAUUUGAUUUGUCACUUCGUAUGGUGGCUCCUCGUUGUCUAAUGCAUCGGGAAGGAGGCACUUUCGAGGAACUACCGGCAUAUGACCUGGCCAUGCAGUCUGAUGCAGCAGUUGUCCUUGACCAUGGGACAGAUGUUUUCAUUUGGUUGGGUGCAGAGCUAGCAGCUCAGGAAGGGAGAAGUGCAGCAGCUUUAGCAGCUUGCAGAACAUUGGUGGAGGAGCUCACUGAAUUUCGGUUUCCAGCUCCUCGAAUCCUUGCAUUCAAGGAGGGCAGUUCUCAGGCUCGAUACUUCGUUUCUCGGUUAAUACCAGCACACAAAGAUCCACCUUAUGAGCAGGAGGCAAGGUUCCCCCAGCUUCGAUCUUUAACAUCAGACCAGAGAGCCAAACUCAAAAGUAGUUUUAUUCACUUUGAUGAUCCAAGCUUCUGUGAAUGGAUGCGCAGCUUAAAAUUAGUGCCUCCUGAACCGAGCUAGUGACAUGAGAAGAUGGAAUAUUUUUGCACUUCAAAAAGUCUAUUUGCAUCCAAGAAGCGCCAUUGGGUACUUCUGACUGGGUGACUGGAUGCUUUGUCUAGGAAUGAUGACCAAGGGCUGUUCCAUUCUGAAGAAAGAUUGAAAGACCGGUUAACUUUUAUAUUUACUCUAAAUUUUCCCUAGUGUUUGGUCUCUUUAUUAUUUCACUUCAUAUUCAGCUACCCAUUUUGGAAGACAAUAGAAAAGCAAUAAAAUUUCAUUCCUUGAUAUAAA